UUCAGGGCACCAGUUAACAAUUAUAUGUUUUGUACAAAUAUCUCAUAACAUACAUAGGUAUUUUAUAUUUAAGUAGCCAAAAGCUCAAAAUUAUUAAAUAGAAGUUUCUUCCCAAAUUUGUACCAAUAACUGGAAUAAAUCCAUUCGAACGAGCUUUUACCAGAAAAUGAGUACCUCGAUGUAUAUUUUUCGCAACAGUUUUCCCAAGUGGUUUAUUCCACGUGCAGAUCGUCAGGCGCAGAAGAGCCUACAGCUCCAUAUUUUCCGACAGUUACAGACGAACCACCCAACCACCAGUGCGGUGGCCAUCAAGCCAACAGUUGAACAGGUGCUCCCGAAAUGCAGAUUUAUGCAGUAUCGCCGAGGCAAUGAGCACCUGAAGCGAUUGGGCAUGGUUUCCGAGGACGGUGGCAAGAUGGUGGAGUUGUCCAGCACCUCCUGUGCCGCGCCCAACAUGAUGGACUUCAUCCAUCAGCGGUACUGCAUGGACAAUCUGCUGGACAGUGUGCAGUUCAUGACAAUCGAGGAUGUGGAAGCCGUGGAUCUUCGCCUGCUGCCACCCAUUGAUUCACCCGGAAAGAUCAUCGGCGUCGACUGCAACUAUGUGGACAACUGCGACGAGCAGCACAUCUCCAUCCCCAGGGAGCCCAGCUUCCAUGUCAAGUUCGCCACCUCGAUCACCGGAGCUCUGGACAACAUCAAGGCGCACAGCUUGGCCAAGCACAUCGACUACGGCUGCCAGUUGGCCGUGGUCAUGGGCAAAAAGUGCCAGGAAGUGGCGCCCAAGGAGGCACUGAAUUAUGUCUUUGGGUUCAUGGUGGUUCAGGACAUAAUGGCACGGGACCGGAGUGCCCUCUUUGGGGGUCACUCGAUGGACACCUUCCUACCCUUGGGUCCAACGAUUGUGCACCGGUGUCAUGUGCCAGACGUAAGCCACCUGUGGAUCAAGACCCUCGUCAACGGAGAGGAACGCCAGACGGGCAACACCCGGGACAUGAUAUUCAAGGUCGACUUUCUCAUUCACCGCCUGUCCCAGUACCUAACCCUCUGUCCGGGCGACAUCAUCCUCACGGGCACACCCGCCGGAUCGGGUGCCUAUCGUAAACCGACUUCCUUUCUCAAGCCCGGCGAUCUCAUCGAGAGCGAAAUUCAAAAUUUAGGCAGAAUGUGCAAUAAAGUCGUAAGUCCGUAUAGCUAAAA